UUUUUUUCUCACCACUUCCUUUAUAACUUUCUGUUUGGCUUCAUGGAAAUUCUGUGUCUGCAAUACAUGCUCAGGAGAUCGCAAAUCUGGAAGGCACAGUUGCAGAGAUGCAGGCUGACUUCGAAAAAACCCUAAAUGCCAACGUUGCUUCUCAGAAAGACUUGCAGGACAGCCUGGUAUCUGCUAAACAUGAUCUGCUCCGUGUCCAGGAGCAACUUUCCCUUGCUGAGAAGGAACUGGAGAAGAAAUUUCAGCAGACGGCUGCUUACCGUAACAUGAAAGAGAUCCUCACUAAAAAGAAUGAACAGAUAAAAGAUCUGAGAAAGAGAUUACAAAGGUAUGAAUCAGAUGAGUGAAUGUUUAACCCACAAGGACACACAUGAAGAGGUCAGCAGAUUAUCACUACUGGAUCUGAUGUAUCAGCUACACCUUGUAUGGUUUAAUGGUUUACAGUGGAUUGGAAAUAUUAUUUGGACACGACACUGCAAUUACUUAUUCAUCACCUAUCUGUAUUCUUCAGUGUUUACGGCUGGUUACCUGAGAGGAGGUUUUUGCAAGUACCCUCAUAUUUUUUGUGGGUUCACUUUGCUUAAGAGGAAACGUGUUGCCCAUAGCUUUGCUCCCUUCUUUCCUGGAAGAAUACAGCUCAACACUGUUGUCAAAUUCUUGUUUCUGGGUACAAAAUACAUUGUUUCAAAGAACUACAUA